GAGAUUUGCCUCGUCCGCGUUCAGACUCCAUGAUCCGCGCGCCGCGAUCGUUCAUGACGCCCCUCCGCGCGUCGAGCGGCGCUCGUAUCCCCGCUCAGAUGGACUAAAGAGCGAUCCGCGAGGAUGGAGAGCGUUAAACUGAAGAAGAGCGGCGCUCCGAGUGCGGCCUUGAGAUCCGCGGCCGAUGAAGAAGACGACGAAGGCCAGGGAGCGUCGAAGCCGCGUCAGAACCGGAGCCCCGCCGAGCUGAGGAAGAGGAGGGUGAGGAGGCACGCGUCUCUGGACCGGCAGAGACACCGAGCCGCUGCUCCGCUGCAGCUGUGCGACCGGCAGUGGGUCCGCCAGGAUCUGCGCCGCGGCUCCGUUCACGUCCAUGACCGGCUGACGGUGCGGUCGCUCCCGCCGCGGCUCGUGCUGUGCACCGCGGACUGCACCGCGGCCGAGAUCGCGCAGCGCCUGAGCGGCAAACCGGGCUCGGUCCUGAGGCUCACCGCCAAGACGGACGUGAACGGGAACUGCGACGGCGACCGGCUGCGGCUGCUGCUGCUGGAGAAGGAGCACCGGUUCCGGUUCGACAUCUGCACCGAGCCCCAGGACGAGGACUCCGUCAAACGGUCCGCGGGCUCCGAUGUGGAGAGCAGCAGCGACCUGAGCUCCGGGGCCCGGUUCAGCCGGCACCGGGACUCGCUCAGCGACGACAUGACCCUGGGCACCGACGCUUCGGCGCUCGAGGGCCUGGACGCGUACGGCAGCUCCUCGGACGAGCUGGAGCUGGACUGUCCGGUAACGGAUGGAGCCGAGGCGGGUCCCGCCGGUGACUGGGACUCCGGACCGGCGCUGUACGUUCAGCUGCACGGCGAGGCGGCGCGGCGCCUGGGGCCCGAGGAGAGGCCCCUGCAGCUCCAGAACGACUUCCUCUUCAAGCUGGGAUUUAAGGACCCGUGGCGGGUUCAGGAGGAGGGCAUGAACACCGAGCUGGGCUCGCUGCUGCGCUUCUACGCAGGAAAACCUCACAGCAUCGAGAGCUCUGAGCGCAUCCAGCUCUCUGGAACGUAUAACGUACGGAAAGGAAAGCUGCAGCUGCCGGUGAACCGCUGGAGUCGACGGCAGGUGAUUUUAUGUGGCACUUGUCUGAUGGUGUCCUCAGUGAAGGCCAGCCAUACGGGCAAGAUGCACAUCCUGCCACUGAUCGGAGGAAAGGUGGAAGAGGUGAAGAAACACAGUCACUGUUUGGCCUUCAGCUCGGCGGGACAUCAGAGUCAGACCUACUACAUCAGCUUCGACAGCUUCACCGAACACCUGCGCUGGCACCGGCAGGCGGCGAAGGGUGUAUUCUCCCGCCUGCGGAGCCUCAAUCUCUCUCAUAAUCAGCUGGGGAGUUUCCCGCUGCCCAUUUGCUCCAUCAGCACACUGACGGAGGUCAACCUCAGCUGCAACCUCCUGACCUCCAUCCACCCCGACCUGGCCAACAUGAGCCAUCUGCAGACGCUGGUUCUGGAUGGGAAUCUGCUGUCUGCUCUCCCAGUGGAGCUGGGUCGUCUUCAGCGGCUGGUCUAUCUGGGUCUGUCCUUCAAUGAGUUCACACAGGUGCCAUCGGUGCUGGAGCAGCUGCCCGCUGUCGAGAGGCUCUGCAUGGCUGGGAAUAAAACGCUGGUUCUGGAUGGGAAUCUGCUGUCUGCUCUCCCAGUGGAGCUGGGUCGUCUUCAGCGGCUGGUCUAUCUGGGUCUGUCCUUCAAUGAGUUCACACAGGUGCCAUCGGUGCUGGAGCAGCUGCCCGCCGUCGAGAGGCUCUGCAUGGCUGGGAAUAAAGUGUGUGUGCUGACGCUACAGACCUUCCGUCUGCUGACGGUCAAACACAUCGACCUGCGUCUGAAUCAGAUCUCCGCUGUGCUGCCGGACGAGCCAGAGUUUCUACAUCACGUGACGCAGCUGGAUGUGAGAGACAACUGUCUGAGCGAGCUGGACGCGUCUGUCUUCCUGCGGCUGGAGGUGCUGCACUGUCAGAGGAACUGCAUCAGGCGUCUGCGUCUGCGUGGCUGCACGCUCAAGGCUCUCUACGCCUCCAGCAACGAGCUGCAGGAGCUAGACCUGAGUCCCGCCGCCGCCAGCCUCACACACAUCGACAUCUCCAGGAACUGCAUGAAGGCUCUUCCUGAUUGGCUGAGUGACAGCAGGAAGCUGGAGGUUCUAGACGUCAGUCACAAUCACAUCACUGAGCUUCCUCCGUGGCUGCUGUGCAGUGCGAGUCUGAGGAAGAUCCUGGCGGGUCAUAACCAGCUGAAGCGUCUGCCGGAGCGUGUGGAGCGUCCAGCGGUGGAAGUGCUAGACCUGCAGCACAAUCAGCUCACAGAGCUUCCCUGCAACCUCUUCCUCAAAUCAGAGAGUAAAAUGGCCAAGCUGGAGGAGCUGGAGGAGCUGGACCUGAGUGGGAACAGGCUGAAGGCGGUGCCCACCACCAUCAUGAACUGCAGACGCAUGCACACACUAGCAGCUCACUCCAACUGCAUCGAGGUGUUCCCCGAAGUCCUGCAGCUCACCGAGAUGAAGUGUGUGGAUCUGAGCUGUAAUGAGCUGAGUGAGAUCACUUUACCUGACAGUCUACCUCCUAAACUUCAAGAGCUGGAUCUGACGGGAAACCUGCGUCUGAAUCUGGACCACAAGACCCUCGAGCAGCUCAAUAACAUCCGCUGUUUCCGGAUAGACCCGCCCCCUUCCUCGUUCUCAGCCAAUGAGGCGGCAGGAGGGCCAGCUGUCUGGAGUCACGGCUUCACCGAAGCCUCGGGCGUCAAAAACAAACUGUGUGUGGCGGCUCUGUCGGUGAACAGCUUCUGCAGCAGCAGAGAGGCUCUGUACGGCGUGUUUGACGGAGACAGGAACGUGGAGGUGCCGUAUUUACUGCAGUGCACCAUGAACGACAUACUGGCCGAGGAGCUCCACAGGACCAAGAGCGAGGAAGACUACAUGACCAACACCUUCCUCGUCAUGCAGAGGAAGCUGGGCACAGCAGGGCAGAAGCUGGGCGGUUCGGCGGCGCUCUGUCACAUCCGGCACGACCCCACUGACCCCGCCGGCUGCUUCACCCUCACCGCCGCUAAUGUGGGCAAGUGUCAGGCGGUGCUGUGCCGCGACGGCAAGGCGCUUCCGCUGUCACUGCUGCACAACAUCAGCAUCAAAGAGGAACACAACCGCGUGCAGCAGCAUAAAGCCAUCAUCACUGAGGACAACAAAGUGAACGGCGUAACAGACUCCACACGCAUCAUGGGCUAUUCAUUCCUCUACCCAGCGGUCUUGCCUCGCCCGUACGUCACCACGCUCCCGCUGACCCCCAGAGAUGAGUUCUUCAUCCUGGGCAGCAGAGGUCUGUUUGAAGUCUUGGACCCUAGCGAGGCGGUGGAAGCCGUACGGAAGGUGCCGGACGCGCUGGCGGCCGCCAAGAAACUGUGCACGCUGGCGCAGUCGUACGGCUGCACCGAUAGCCUCAGCGCCGUGGUGGUGCAGCUCAACGUAGCGGAAGACUGUUGUUGUUGCUGUUGUGCGGCGUCUGCAGAGCCCGGCUCCGGAAGCAUGCAUGCGCCGCCGAGCCCUGGACUGUUCCCGGCCUCCUCCGCCGGCAUGCCUCCGUCCUCCUGCAGCGAGAUCAGCUCCGAGGUCAGUGCGUCCGAGAUGAGCUCUGAAGUGGGAUCCACCGCGUCCUCGGAUGAGCCGCCGCUCCUGCUGCAGGAGGCGCAGCUCCACCUUCAUCCGCAGAGCCACCCCAACUCGCGCCUCCCCUGCUGCUCGCUCCACCUCACUCCCAACUCCGGAAGCUCCUUCCAGAGGCAGCUUUCCAGCGCCACCUUCUCCAGCGCGCUCUCGGACAACGGCUUGGACAGCGAGGACGAGGAGCCCAUCGCUGGAGUCUUUUCCAACGGCAGUCGGGUGGAAGUGGAGGCUGACGUGCACUGUCUGCUACCCCUGCCUCCACCUCCUCCACCCUGCACCCCAGAAACCCCGGAGAAGCUUCCGGUGGAGGCUGGGAACCUUGCGGGAGCGGAUGCUUGGAGCAAGACCUUGGGGAGGCGGAGGGGAAAUGGCUCGGUGGCACCGCAGGAGCAGAGCCACAACUUGAUUGAGGUGGCGACUGAAGCUCCUUCUAAGAAACCUGGGGGUUACUUCACGGCACCGGCUCAGCCCGACCCCGACGACCAGUUCAUCAUCCCUCCGGAGCUGGAGGAGGAGGUGAAGGAGAUCAUGAAACAACAUCAGCAGGACCAACAGAAGCCGGCUAAGAGCGAGCGACCUGCGGACUACUAUGACACGCCGCUCUGAAGCAGGCGCUGCAUUCUGUCAUCAUCUACUCACCCUGAUCUCGUUGGCUUUAAUACACAGUUCUUGAACAUAGGGCUGGGCGAUAUAGCAAAAAGUAAAAUCUUGAUUUUUAUUUUUA